UUCUCGGUUUUUCCACCUCUCACUCUUUCUCUCACUCAUCAGUCGCUCUCUCACUCACCUGUCCACUCACCUCCUCACUCACCGAGGUGAAGAAACCCAAACCAACAAGCCCUCCCACCUCCAAAAAAUCCUAUUUGCUGAAACCUUCAUACCAACUCCUUCCUUACACACUACACCCCGGCCGAUUCACCGCCCAAAUAUAACAUGCGCAAGUUUUCCUCCCCGCGUUUCCCGCCCCGCGCCAAUCACGUCCCUUCACCCGCCGGUCCGUCUCGCGCUGGCGUCCUGAAACCUGCUCACCUCCAUGCCGUUUUGGGACUCGACUCGCUCGCGGCGGCAGGUCACAGGGCUGUUGCUUGUCAUGUGCGACGAUGCAGCGCGAUAAAGCUCUCCCCCCUGUUUGAGGUGUCGAGCCGAUAAGAAGGGGCCGGUCGUCCCUCGAAUGCUGGACUGAACGGCUCCUUCAUCUUGUGUUGUGGUACCAGAGAGAUAGAUUUCUGAACAAUUGCGAACCAACAUCAUCUGCCUACUCUGUCUGUCAGUUUCAUAGAACAGCCAACAUGCCAGCCAUUCUCUUCAACCAGACUGCUUCGGUCGAGCCCCGACACAGCUCCAAGCCGAUAACAUCCCUAGCCACGCAAUCGCAGACUGCAUCAUCCCAAGAUCUGCCAUCCGCCGCCGACUGCGCUGCCCACCUCCACCUUCUCGAGGCCUUCGUUACCCUCAAUGAGACCAUCCAAGACCUCGCCGUCGACGCCGGCCUCAGCCCCGAUCGCGCGUGGGGCUCCUUCUGCAACCGCGCCGUCGCCCGCUUCGAAGAAUCGAGCGCCCGGGGUUCGGCCGACCGGAUGACGAUGCCCCCCGUCGACGUGCUCAUGGCGUGGCAUGCUCUGAUGCUGCACCCCAAGGCCUACGCGCGCUUCGUCGAGCUCGGCGGCAAGCUGGGCCUCGACGGCAUGGACUGGUCUAGGAUCUCGACUUCAGCCGUCCCCGACGUCGAUAUCGACUCCCUCACGUCAGCCCACACCGGCAUCUUCACCCUCCGCUCCUCGGCCGGCACCCCUCUCUUCACCUACCCCCUCGCCGCUGCCAUCCGCCGCCAAGUCUCGUUUUCCUUGAAGAUGACCCGCCACGCCUGGCUGCGCAGCCCUUCGCUCGCCUCGACCCUCGGCCGCGCCCGCGCCCGCUACGCCCGCUUCUUCCGCCUCAUUGCCGCCCACCCGCGCACCGUCAUGGUGCCCACCCUCGACGUCGACCUCGUCUGGCACACUCACCAGCUUGCGCCCGCCCGGUACCUCGCCCACUCGAAGCGCGCCGUCGGCCGGCUCGUCGACCACGACGACGAGAUCGAGGACGCGACGCUCGGUGCGCUGUCGGCCGACAUGCAGACACUCUGGGCCGACGCCUUCGGCGAGGCAUACCACGUGUGCCUGUGCUGGGCCUGCGAGGGUGGGCGCGCAGGCGUCGACGCUGGGGUUGUUGCGGAGGCGCUGCGGGGCGAGCUGCCGUGCGCCGACCUCGCGUUCCCGAGAUGCGAUGAUUGCGGCGCGCACCCUGAGAGCUGCUGUCCCGAGGUCGAGGGCGCCGCCGGGUGCGGGAGCGGAUGCGGCGGUGGGUGCGGAGGGGAGGGCGGAUGCGGGAGCUGCGGUGCGAUGAGGUGA